AUGGAAUUGACCAAGAUUUGGACAACAAAUUCAAAUAUCAGAGGCUUUAUAGCUGAGAAAGUGAGAGGAGGAUAUUCAGUAGCCAUUGCAGGUUGUCCUGGAUUUAGCGGAGGCCGAUUAGGGGAAGGAGCCCUAGUAAUAGCAGCAGCAGCAGCUCGCCAUCCCCUAAGCCUUAACUUAGGGGUCAGUUCUUGCGAUAAAGAGCUUUCUGAUGCACAAUUUGGUCACAGUAAAAUUUCUGUACAAUUGCACGAGCCAAUAAUCCUAGACGGUGCUUUAUGGUUGAAGCAGUUGAUGCAUUUGUCUCGUUCUCAGGAAGUUUGCUUGUUAUGGUCGUGUUAUUUGUGCAUGUUUUUGACUGAGAAUCUACUGAAUGAAGGGCUUGCUUCUUAUUAG